AGCAGCUUCUCCUCUCUGAUGAUGGAGACCCAGGACGGAGCAGAGCUCUGCUUUCCAGAACUCCUCAACACCUCCUGCAGGAAGCCGGCACCUCCUGGUUCUGACGCUGUGCUUGGACCCAUCCUGCUGUCCUCCAUUUCUGUGCUCACUGUGACUCUCAACCUGCUGGUCAUCAUCUCAGUCUCACACUUCAGGCAGCUUCACUUUCCCUCUAACCUCCUCCUCCUCUCUCUGGCUGUCUCUGAUUUCUUUGUGGGUCUCGUCGUGUUGCCUGUUGAAAUGCUCCGACAUUCAGCCUGCUGGUUUCUUGGUGACCUCAUGUGUUCUCUGUAUAAUUAUGUGUCCUUCAUCAUAACGUCUGCCUCAGUAGGAGACAUGGUCCUCAUAUCAGUGGACCGUUAUGUGGCUGUUUGUCAUCCUCUGCAUUACUCCACCAGAGUCACUGUGAGAAGAGUUCAAACCUCUAUCUGUCUGUGUUGGUUCUCAUCUGCUUUCUACAACAGUUUGAUUGUGAUGGAUGUACUGAAUGAACCAGACAAACAUCAUACCUGCUCUGGACAGUGUGUGAUAAUUAUUAACUACAUCGCAGGAGUCGUUGACCUCGGUGUGACCUUUAUCGGUCCCAUCUCCGUCAUCGUGGUUCUGUAUGUGAGAGUGUUUGUGGUGGCUGUGUCUCAGGCUCGUGCCAUGCGCUCUCAUGUUACAGCUCUCACACACAAACCAUCAGUGAACGUAAGAACCAUGAAGUCUGAGCUGAAAGCAGCCAGAGCUCUGGGUGUCGUCGUCGUCGCGUUUCUGAUAUGUUUCUGUCCGUAUUACUGUUUUGCUGUUUCAGGGAGUGCCUUGCUGAGCUCAGCAGCUGGAGCGUUCAUUCACUAUUUGUUUUCUUUUAACUCCUGUUUAAACCCUGUGAUUUAUGCUUUAUUCUACCCCUGGUUUAGAAAAUCCAUUCGUCUUAUUGUUUCCCUUCAGAUCCUGCAGCCAGGAUCUUCAGAGGCCAACAUGCUGUAGAGGUUGAUG